UAACAGCGCGCUGUAGCUGACAAUCGGCAUGUCAAGUGUCAUAUGUGAAUCAAAACAAAAGAUGAUUUCAUUUAUUAAUAACAGACGUUAAUAAUUUGUCUUCAUCAGCUGAGUGACUGGGUUUGCUUUGUGAAAAGUUGCCGAAAAUUGCAAGAAACGUUCCUGAAAAGGAAUACCGAACACUCAGCGAUAUUACAUAGAAAUUAACAUUUACCUGCCAACACCAGUCUUUACAGAAAAAAGAACGACAAUUUUUUGUUGUUGUAGAUUCCCGGUGGACUGUAAAAACUGGAUGAGUAAUUUUGAAACUUGGGGAUUCACAGUUUCGCUGAACAUAUUUAAUAGAGAUAAUUCGUAUCAUGAAAGUAUUCCUUAAAUAGUUAAUGGAAAAAUGUUGUCAGAAGUGUCGAAAGAAAUUAAAUAUUAUCUCAAACACUGUCAAAUCUUAAAAAGAAUCUUAAGAGAAACAAAUAGUUCAUUAAACGAUAUCAAUAAUCUGCUACAAUUAGGAACUGAUAUCAAGAGAGAACUAUCAAUCUAUGAUGAAUUGGAAGCACUUUCCCAAAAGGUGGAAAGAACUCCAAACCUUAUUAUUUUUGGACAAUCCUGCCAUGCUAAAGCCGUACUUGUUAACAUGUUACUUCAACAGAAAAUUCUUCCGUAUUUCAGUAGUCAAUGGAGACAUAUUACUUUCAAAUAUGGCCAAGCAAAAAGUGUUCAUUUAAUGCUCGGAGAGGAAAUCGAAAUUGUCGAAAAUUUGAAUGUUCAUGAAGAACCAAACUGGGAAACAAUCCCAGAAGAAGACAUACAAAGAAAUGACAAAGAAAACUUACUGGAUCACUGUCCUUCUAUUGAAGUAAUGCUGAAACACAAACUAUUAAAAGAAAAUGUGAAAAUUAUAGUACCCCCUGAUUGCCAUCGAGAUCAGUUAGUUGAAGUGUUGGAGAGAAUAGGGGAAAAGGUUUUACCUGUGAUAAUAUAUGCUUUAUCUGAAGAUACUCUUAGUGAUUUUAACAUACAAGAAAUUAGAAAGUUAAAAGAUAUAUAUCUUGUCCCAUUUUUGUUUGUAAGCGUAAAUAAAAUUGAAUUACCUGCUCUAAAUACUGAAUCAUUAACCGAGCCAAAGAAACAUUCACUGGAAAGCAAUGGCGAAGAAAAUGUCAACCAGUUACAUAGUCUGAAAGAGCAAUUGACUAGAUUGGGAUAUAUAAGCAAUGAUUCUGAUUCUGAUCUGAGUGUAACUUCCGAGCAAACAGACGAAUUAUUAAGGAAAAAGCCUUUUUGUUUGGAAUGCUCUUUAGAUAAUGCUUUAAUGAGUGACAAAACGAUUAAUGAGGACUUUAUUUUGUUUAUUAGAGAAAUACUGAGGUCGAGCAAACUUAAAAUGGCCCUGUCCUUAAGUGAGCUUCACAAUUCAUGCCUACGGAAGUUUAUACUGUGCGCAUUUGAUAUGGCCCGUGAGAUUCAGAUAACACCAAAACGAAUUCUCUAUGCUCAGGAUGUGGAAAUGAAAAUGUUCACAAGCCUCAUGACAAUUGCUAGCGAACAACAGGAAGAAAUUACAUCAAUAAUACAAAGAACAUUGCAAGACAUGAAAUCUAAUGUUGCCGAAGUCCUAGAAGGAUACAACUCUUCAGCUCUCGUUUCCCCCAAGGUUGCAACUAUGGAAAUCCAGCAGCUGGUUCUAAAGACACUGGCAGCUUCUGUGGCCAUUCAAAUAGUUCAAUCAGUAGGUUGUUUACAGGAGAGUUUCACUGGUACUCUUGAAAGAUGCUUGGAAAAUCUGGAAAAAAGCUGUCGUGAGUUAGAGGGAAAUUUAUCCGCAUCUGAUGCGGUGAAACAGAUUAUCCACGCAGCGUACAACAUUGAUCUGAAAACCCCAACAUCAUUUUCAAUAGUCCAUACAUUUAUGGACCGACUACGGAAAUUGUUGGGUAGCUUCUCAUCGCCUUGGUCGUCUACAGGACAAUUUAAUUGCACGUUACAGUGGCAGCUUCAAGUGGUUACUAAUAUGAUCGACUCUUUGAGUGCCUCGAAAUUGGCAAAAACCAUUUCUGCCCAGUUCCAAGAGCAUGUAAAGUCAUCUCAUGCUGCUUUCCAAUGUGCAAUGCGAAGUCUGGAAAAUCAACUUUCCGAUCAAUUAGAGCAGACCGAAGAGCAGAGGAUUGCAAUAAGGAAAAAACAUGCUCCUAGAUUUGCGCGAUUGGCCUUAGAAAGCACGUCAUUGUGCGACUUGAUAAAAUGGGGAAUGCCUAAACAAAUUCGGGAAAUUGGUAGAGGCCAGUAUGGAGUGGUGUCAUCGUGCGAACCUUGGGGUAAAAUCAGCCCUUGUGCGUUCAAAUCUGUCGUACCACCCGACGAUAAACACUGGAAUGACCUAGCGAUGGAAUUUUACUACACCAGAACGAUACCAGAACAUCCCAGGAUUGUCAAGUUACGAGGUUCGGUGAUAGAUUACAAAUAUGGUGGUGGUAGUUCACCGGCAGUUCUUCUUCUAAUGAAUAGAAUGACUAAAGAUUUGUAUUGUGGUCUGAAGUCCGGCUUAACUUGGUUGAAGCGUCUUCGAAUAGCGAUCGAUGUGAUUGAAGGCAUACGAUAUUUGCACUCUCAAGGCUUGGUGCAUAGAGAUAUAAAGCUGAAAAAUGUCUUGUUGGAUGAUGAAGAUAGAGCUAAACUGACUGAUUUUGGAUUCUGUAUACCAGAAGCUAUGAUGUCGGGAAGUAUUGUAGGUACUCCAGUUCACAUGGCACCGGAACUCUUAAGUGGUCGAUACGAUUCUAGUGUAGAUGUUUAUGCCUUUGGGAUACUGUUCUGGUAUAUUUGUGCCGGACAAGUGAAACUUCCUUCUCAGUUUGAUCAGUUUCAAAAUAAAGAACAACUAUGGAACAGUGUUAGAAAAGGUAUUAGGCCAGAAUGCUUAACUCACUUUAAUGAGGCUUGUUGGAAUCUCAUGGAGCAAUGUUGGUCGGCUGAACCUUCCGAACGGCCUCUUUUAGGCAAUGUGCAGCCGCAACUUGAACAAAUUUAUAAAAGUGUUAAAUAUGGAUUAAACCAAGGCAAGUUUCCUUAUAGUCCAGGCUCUGUCAAAUCAUACGCAAGCCAGGACAUGUGUUAUAAUUAUACCUUCAUGAAUUUUAGGGAGUAUUAAUAUUUUUAACUAAAAAUGCAUUAACAAGUUUUUCACUGCAUUUGUUAUUUCAGAUUCGUAAUCGGAAGAGGAAUUGAAAUGAAUCUGUAUAAAGCUGUAAAUAUGUUGUUUAAAAUAUUUAACGUUUUAUAUUCUUAUUUUUAUUAAAUGAUGUUACACUAAA